UUGUUAUACGACUGCUUUGAUCUUUGGCCCACUUAAAGCAACAAUCCGUAAUUGUGGUAUUAUUGGUGCCACAUCCGCCUCGGCUUAAGAGGUCGUCGCACAUAAGUCUCCGUCUCCUACCACAUUUUUCUAUCCUGUCACAAUGUCGGCACCGAAGCUAGCCAGCCGAACUUCGAGUUAUAGGAAGCCCGUCCCAAAAUUCAUCCCCUCGCCUCCUGCUUCUCCUCAUGGUUCUCCAACGAGCUCCACAAGACGGUUUUCUUUUUCACAUACGUCUAUAAAUCAGGAUGCCCCUCCUCUACCCCCCGACUGGCGUCACGCAAUUGACCGGGCGGUAUCUAGGGAGGGAAGAGCGACGUCUGGCCUGCCUGCUAUUGACACGGUCGUGGGUCCAUCGAGCCACGACGCUCAUGGGACCGAAACUGAAUUAUCCACGGAAAGGCUGUCACCCUCAACGCCUGAUUGGGGGAUAUCAGGAACUAUGAACUUUACCCCUCCUACACCUACUGAGAGCUGCCACGAUGAGGAACUCGUAUCUCGUCCAAAUUCACCCACGCCUUGGGAACACCUAACGCGCUCCACAGCACGGCAGCCGUCUUAUCAAGAGGAAUAUCGCCCACCGACACCCCCCAAUCCCUAACCAGCGCAAAAGGCCCAGAUCAGUUAGAUCUGGAUGUGACUCGCCAACGCCCACCAUCAUAUCGCAGCUAGCACCCCACUCCACACUGCUUUUGGUUUCCCGUGAAUC